GUCUCCUACCCUUCCUGUCCCUUCGUGUGUAUCUCUGUAGUCUACCCUUCCUGUGUCUCUCUGUUGGUCUCUGUCUCCUGUAGGACCUACCCUUCCUACCCUUCCUGUCUCUCUGUCCCAGGUCUCCUGCCCUUCCUGUGUCUCUCUGUCUCCUACCUUCCCUUCCUGUGUCUCUCUGUGGUCUCCUACUCCUUCCUGUGUCUCUCUGUCUCCUACCCUUCCUGUGUCUCUCUGUGGGACUCCUACCCUUCCCGUGUCUCUCUGUCUCCACCCUUCCCGUCUCUCUCUGUAGGACUCCUACCCUUCCCUGUGUCUCUCUGUCUCCUGCCCUUCCUGUGUCUCAUGUGUCUCUGUAGGUCUCCUACUUCCUUCCUCUGUGUCUCUCUGUCUCUGUCUCCUACCCUUCCUGUGUCUCUCUGUCUCCUACCCUUCAUGUGUAUCUCUGUAGGUCUCCUACCCUUCAUGUGUAUCUCUGUCUCCUACCCUUCCUGUGUCUCUCUGUCUCCUACCUUCCUGUGUCUCUCUGUAGGUCUCCUACCCUUCAUGUGUUCUCUGUCUCCAACCCUUCUCAUGUCUCCAACCCUUCAUGUGUCUCUCUGUGGUGGUCUCCUACCCUUCCUGUGUGUCUCUUGUCUCCUACCCUUCCUGUGUCUCUCUGUAGGUCUCCUACCCUUCCUGGUCUUCUCUGUGCCUCCUACCCUUCAGGUCUCCUUACCCUUCAUGUGUAUCUCUGUAGGUCUCUAUCCCUUCCCUGUGUCUCUCUGUCUCCUCAUCUCUGUGUCUCUGUGGGUCUCCCCAUCCUUCCUGUGUCUCUCUGUGGUCUCCUACGCUUCAUAUGUAUCUCUGGUCUACUACUCCUUCCUGUGUCUCUCUGUAGGUUCCUACCUUCCUGUGUCUCUCUGUCUCCUACCCUCCUUCCUGUGUCUCUCUGUCUCCUACCCUUCCCAUGUCUCUGUCUCCAACCCUUCCCGUGUCUCUCUGUCUCCUACCAUUCCUGUGUCUCUCUGUCUGUUCUCUGUAGGUCUCCUGAUCUUCCUGUGUCUCUCUGCAGGUCUGGUGUGUAUGAAGUCCAGUACUUCAGUAGUAGAGCUGGUGAUGCUGCUCUGUUCUCAGGAGUGGCAGAACUCUAUACAGAAGAACGCCGGUCUGGCCUUCAUCGAGCUCAUUAAUGAGGGAAGACUGCUGUGCCAUGCUAUGAAGGACCAUAUUGUGCGUGUGGCCAACGAGGCAGAGUUUAUCCUGAACAGACAGAGAGCUGAAGACGUACACAAACACGCUGAGUUUGAGUCUAACUGUGCCCAGUACGCUGCUGACAGGAGGGAGGAGGAGAAGAUGUGUGAUCACCUGAUCAGCGCUGCCAAGCACAGGGACCAUGUGACCGCCAACCAAUUGAAACAGAAGAUACUCAACAUCCUGACCAAUAAGCACGGGGCAUGGGGCACGAUGUCACAGAGCCAAUUACACGACUUCUGGCGUCUGGACUACUGGGAGGACGACCUGAGGAGGAGGCGGAGAUUCGUACGAAACCCCUUUGGCUCCACCCACCUUGAUGUGUCACUUAAAGCUCUGGAGGACUAUGGUACGGAGGAGGAGGAAGAAGAGGGGCUUAAGUCUAAGAAGACCUUGCGCAGCCAAUCACUGGUCAGUCAGAACCUGGAGGCGGAGCUAAUGCUGGAGGGAGACGAUGACACUGCCAGUCUGCUGCAGGAGAAAGAGAUGGACAACCUGGCAGGCCCUGUGGUGCUCAGUACUCCAGCCCAGCUGGUAUCUCCAGUAGUGGUGGUCCAUGGGACUCUCUCCAUCACCACCACUGAGAUCUACUUUGAGGUGGACGAGGACGACCCGAGCUUCAAGAAGAUCCACACCAAGGUCCUGGCCUACUCCGAGGGUCUACAUGGCAAGUGGAUGUUCAGUGAGAUCAGAGCUGUUUUCUCCAGAAGAUACCUUCUCCAGAACACUGGUCUGGAGGUCUUCAUGGCUAACCGCACGUCUGUGAUGUUCAACUUCCCCGACCAAGCUACAGUGAAGAGGGUCGUCUACAGUCUACCCAGGGUGGGAGUAGGAACCAGCUACGGACUGCCUCAGGCCAGGCGUAUCUCCUUGGCGACCCCUCGUCAGCUGUUUAAGUCGUCCAACAUGACCCAGCGUUGGCAGAGGAGGGAGAUCUCUAACUUCGAGUACCUCAUGUUCCUCAACACCAUCGCAGGGAGGAGCUACAAUGAUCUGAACCAGUACCCAGUGUUCCCCUGGGUUCUCACUAACUUUGAGUCAGAGGAGCUGGACCUCACUCUGCCCGGCAACUUCCGAGACCUUUCCAAGCCAAUCGGUGCGUUGCACCCAAAACGAGCGGUAUUCUCUGCAGAGCGCUAUGAUACCUGGGAGGAGGACGGAACGCCACCGCACCACUACGGCUCCCUCUACUCUACCGCUAACACCACACUGCUCUGGAUGCUGCGGAUAGAGCCCUUCACCACGUUCUUCCUGAAUGCCAAUGAGAACCAGUUUGACCAUCCUGACAGAGCCUUCUCUGGCAUCGCACGGGCUUGGAGGAACUGCCAACGGGACACUGCUGAUGUCAAGGAGUUGAUCCCAGAGUUCUACUACCUCCCAGAGAUGUUUGUUAACAGUAGUGGUUUUGAGCUGGGACAGAGAGAGGAUGGGACUCCUGUGUCUGACAUAGAACUGCCAGCCUGGGCCAAGAAACCUGAGGACUUCGUACACAUCAACCGCAUGGCGUUGGAGAGUGAGUUUGUGUCAUGCCAGCUGCACCAGUGGAUAGAUCUGAUAUUUGGUUAUAAGCAGCGAGGGCCCGAGGCUGUACGAGCUCUUAACGUCUUCCACUUCCUGUCCUAUGAGGGUUCCGUCACCUUGGAUACCAUCACCGACUCCGCACAGCGGGAGUUGAUGGAGACCCAGAUCCAGGCAUGUGGUCAGACUCCAUCCCAGCUGCUGAUCGAGCCCCACCCCCCUCGCUCCUCUGCCAUGCACCUGUGUUUUCUUCCCCAGAGUCCUCUGAUGUUUAAGGACCAGAUGCAGCAGGAUGUGAUCAUGGUGCUGAAGUUCCCCUCCAACUCUCCUGUGACCCACGUAGCAGCCAACACCCUGCCCCACCUCUCUGUCCCUGCUGCUGUCACCGUCACCUGCAGCAGACUGUUCGCUGUCAACCGUUGGCACAACACCGUCGGUCUCCGUGGGGCUCCAGGUUACUCCCUAGAACAGGCUCAUCACCUGCCCAUUGAGAUGGAUGUGUGUGUAGCCAACAACUCAGGUGUGAGUAAGCGUCAGAUCACAGACCUGGUGGACCAGAGCAUCCAGAUCAACACACACUGCUUCGUGGUUACCGCCGACAACCGCUACAUCCUGGUCUGUGGCUUCUGGGACAAGAGCUUCAGAGUCUACUCUACCGAGACAGGUAAGUUGACCCAGAUAGUGUUUGGCCACUGGGACGUGGUGACGUGCCUGGCCCGGUCAGAGAGCUACAUCGGAGGAGACUGCUACAUCGUGUCGGGGUCCAGAGACGCUACCCUGCUGCUGUGGUACUGGAGCGGACGCCAUCACAUCAUUGGAGACAACCCCAACAACAGUGACUACCCUGCUCCGAGAGCCGUGCUGACGGGUCAUGACCAUGAGGUGGUUUGUGUCUCUGUCUGCGCUGAGCUGGGACUGGUCAUUAGCGGGGCCAAAGAGGGUCCAUGUCUGGUCCAUACUAUAACAGGGGAUCUGCUGCGGGCCCUGGAGGGCCCAGAGUUGUGCCUGAGGCCCCGCCUCAUCUCUGUGUCCAGCGAGGGCCACUGUAUCAUCUGUUAUGAGAGAGGACGCUUCUGUAACUUCAGCAUCAACGGGAAACUGCUGGCUCAGAUGGAGCUCAACGACUCAACACGGGUACGACCACGGAUACAGUGUAUAUAUCAAAUCAAGGCAAAUUGUAUGGGUCACUUACACAUGGUUAGCAGACGUUAUUGGUCACAUGGUUAGCAGAUGUUAAUGGUCACAUGGUUAGCAGACGUUAUUGGUCACAUGGUUAGCAGACGUUAUUGGUCACA